AUGUUAAUUGCAACAGAAAUAUGUGAUUUAGAACGAUCUGGUAUUGGUAAAGUUCCAUGCUUAAGUUAUUUUGAAACACAAGAUAGACCAGUUAAAACCAUUACUGCACAUGCUGCUCAUGGUUCUUUCGAUACUGAUGAGUACACCAGUACAGUUUAUUUGCCAUUUACACAUGGUAUUCCACCAGAAGUUGAACGUUUGUUUAAUUUACCUAAUCAAUGGCCCUCUUAUUGUGGUAAUGCAAAUGCAGGUUUUACUAUAGAACCUCUACAUGGAUUUGUGGUAACACCAGAUGGUCAAGAUCAUUUUACAUUAAAAUUACAUACACCACCAGUUCAUUCACUAGGUGAUCAAGUCAAAGUCGAGUUUAA